CUUACUUCAAUUAGUGCAAUAAAUUAGUAAAAGAUAUAAGCGAUCUUCAACCAAUAACGUAGGGUAAAAACACACAUUUGUCAGAAAAUGUCCCUUGUUGCCUACGGUUCGAGUGAUGACAGUGACACAGAUGAUAUUGAGCCAACUAAUAUCAUUACGCAUAAUAUGAAUGCAACGACACCGCAAGUUACAGCGCAUAUUCAAAAUGAAAUCACAGUUCACAAGGCUACAGUAGAACCCCUUCAACUGGCAGACCCUGUGGGUCAGAUAUCAGACUCAGAGGAGGAGAGGGAAGACGAUGACAGGUCCUCUCCGCCUACUGGAGUGCUGUUGAAAGCUCUUCCAGAACCAAAGUCAGGUUCUGCCAACAUUCUGGAUAAGUCUGAUGUUCUUGAAGAUGAGGUGAAAAAGUCAGGUUCUGCCAACAUUCUGGAUGAGUCUGAUGUUCUUGAAGAUGAGGUGAAGCCAAAGGCUUCUCAGGUUGCUGACAUAUCCAAACCAGAACCCAAGAAGAGCCGUCAACCUGUCAAAAUCACCAUACCAGCGUUACCAGAUUCUGAUGAUGAAGAAGGACCUGCUAGGAAGAAAACUCGUCUUGCCCCAUCUGCUGGAAAAAGUGGAUUGACGUCCCUUCUUCCUGCGCCAGUCCAUGGUGCAAAGAAAGAAACUAAUCGGCUUCUCCUGCCCUAUACACUCACAAAGAAAUCUCAACCAUCAACACCAAAACCUCUGCAAUCAAAAUCCCAGUCCACAGGCACUGUAGGCAAAGCCAGCAAUGUAACAACCAGUCUGGCUUCAUAUGGCAGUGACUCUGAUGAAGAUGAGGAGGAGGAUUCACAGCAAUCAAUCAACUUCUUCUCUAUAGACUCCGGUACCAAACAUACUGGUACAAACUCUCACGUGGAACCUGUUGUGGGACCAACUUUACCACCUUUUUCACAGACUUCAGGUCCAGCUGAACCAAGUGUUGUAGCAAGACCAGGUUUGAUCAGAAGUUCAUUGCAUCUUCCCGCCCCUGUGCAUCAAAUUUCAAACUCUGUAAACCAUUUAAGCAACAGCGAAAGUGUGUCCCGACAAAUCUUAAGUGCAGAUAUUGACGCUGAAGUCAUAUCCGAAGAUAUUGACUCAGCCAAUGGUAGUCUUGCUGACUUAGCCGGGAUUGCUGGGGCAGUCAGAGCAGAUGCACCGUUGGUGUUCAGGGGUGGCGUCACUAGUAGGAACCCCAGUAUCCCCCUGUCUGCAGGGCCAGUGGGGCCAAUGUUGCCCAGUAUGUCUAUGAACGAGGGUUAUGAUGUGGGCUAUGGUGCCGGCAGCUACCCAGAGGCAGAAGAUGUUGAAUCCUAUGAACAAGAUCAAGAGUUCCUGCGUUUACAAGGCAAACAGAAGAGGGGGCGUGAAGAGAUCAACAUUAUAGAUGUGAACGCAGAUGAUUUCACAGACCCCUCUGAAAUCACGAAGCAUUUGACUGAGGAGCAGUCCUACCAGUCCCAUCGGAAGAAGGACGACCAGCCCUCCUCUCAACAACGACGCAAACACCAGAUUGGCUAUCUAGCCUUCCAGGCCAAGGAGCGUGAGUUGGAGUUGAAGAACCAGUGGUCCCAAAACAAGAUGACCCGCAAACAGACCCAGGCCAAGUAUGGGUUCUAAAAUCAGAGCAACAGUCACCAUCUGGUGUUGUCUUGGAGACAUUUAGUAGAAUGAUCAGAAGCUGACAUUGUUUUUUGGGAGUAACAUUUUGAGAAAUGUUCACAAAAUCAAAUUGUCUUGGAGGUAUUUUGAAGAAUGUCAGCAACUGACAUUUUCUUAGAAACAUUUUGUGGAAUGUUCAGAAAUUAACAUUGUCAUUGAGUCAUUAAGGAAAUGUUCACAACUAACAUUUGUCUUGGAGACAUUUUGUGGAUUGUUCAGCUUUUCAAAUUGUCUUGUGAGACAUUUUGUGAUAUUGUCAUCAAUUCACAUCAUCUUAGAUUUUUUAGCGAUUCUGUUUUCGGAGAAAACAUGAGCUAUUGUCAUAGCCAGCUCGUCGUUUGCCGUCCGCCGUAGUCGUAGUGCUAAAACCUUAACAUUGGCCAUAACUUUUUAAAUAUUGAAGAUAGUACCUUGAUAUUUGGCAUGGAUGUGUAUCUCAUGGAGCUGCACAUUUUGAGUGGUAAAAUUUCAAGGUGAACAUCAUCCUUCAAGGUCAAGGGUGCAAAAAACAAAGUCAAGGGAAGUAAUAAGCUUUAAAUGGACAAAGUUAUCUGACCUGCCCAAGUAUAAAUUUUUGUUAAAUAAAUCAAAGCGGCGCAGUAGGCAACAUUGUGUUUCUGACAAACACAUUGUGGUAAAAGGUCAAGGUCAUCCUUUACGGUCUACGGUAAAUAAUACAGAUUUAAGGGAAGUAAUAAGCUUUAACAAUGGAGAAAAUUAUUCAAUAUUGAACAAAGCCACUUUAUAUAUUUGGCAUGCAUGUGUAUCUCAUGGAGCUGCACAUUUUGAGUGGUAAAUCUACAGUCACGGUAGUGGCUUUUAAUUAUUUGCUACUAAAAAUAGAUUUGUUACAGACAAUUAUUUUCAAGGGAAGUAAUUUAUAUAAUUAUAAAUCUUAUAUUAUAUAUUUCCUUACCAAGAAUUGAAGUUCUUUUCACAGUUACUGUACAGAUUUAUUAUUUUGAUUAUUUAUAACCCAAAUGAUUGAUUUGUCAAAGUUUUUUUUAAAUGAUAUAAUUAUAAUUUCUUUGAUGUUCAUUACAUACCUGUGGACUUAUGUACAUAGAUACAUUAUCAAGUCUGGCUAUGAUCUCUUUUAAACCACAGGCCUUGGUUGUCAGUGAUGUCUGACAUGGUCAUAAUUGACUGUGAGACCCUCCCCACCCACCCACCCACUCUGAUUGGAUUGGACAAAAUUCAAGGGAAGUAAUAACCUUUAAAGGGAGAUUAUUUCUAUACCUGCAAAAUGAUAAAUAGAAAUUUUAUUUCAAUGCCGUGCAGUAGAGGGCAUUGUGUUUCUGACAAACACAUCUCUUGUUGGGUCACUUAGUCAAAGGUCAAGGUCACUGUGACCUCUAAAAAAAACAAACUGACAAGCUUUCGCAGCCGAGCGUGGCACCCGUUAUGUGGUGCUCUUGUUUUUCUGUGGAAUGUUCAGCAACUGACAUUGUCUUGGCAACAGUUUGUGGUCUUUUCAGCCAAUCUUAUCGUCUUGAAGACAUUUUGUGUAAUGGUCAACAACUGACAAUGUUUUGUGGAGACCUUAAGUGCUCUUUGAGUAACGUUUUAUAUGAUUGUUAAUGUGAUUUAAAUAAAAUUGUAUUAUGAAUGUUAAUGUUAAAUUUCAUGCAGGGAAUUUACGUUCUGCAGAAAAUAAACGCUGCUGUUAA